GAAACCAGGACCUCCAUCCAUUUCCCUCGACCUUGCCUAAGCACGAAAUAUAUUAAGUAGCAUACAGAGAGAGAGAGGGUAAUAACUCUCGCGUUUUGUUCCUUUGGCAAAAUCAGGAACAAAUUCUCAGUUGGAGUCAUCUGGGCUUCAUUUCUACGUAUUCGAGCCGUGUGGUAUCCACCCGAGACCAUCUGUGUUGCCGGCCAUUGAUACUGCAUGAAUUUUAUAGAUAUGCCCCCAAGAUUUGAUGGUUGAUGCGUCCCUUAGAGUAGUGUAGACUGAGCAUUAUCUCAGAGAUCUGGUUUAUUAGAUGAUUUUCUUGAUGACAUCAAAAAGUAAGACGACCAAAAUCUUCUGGGCUCUCCUGUUUCUGGUUCUCUUUGCCCAUGCAUGCGUUGGGUUUUAUCAGCCAGAAAGCUACAUGCACACCUUUGCACCUGGUGAUCACAUAUCUGCUAAAGUUAACUCAUUGACUUCUAUUAAUACUGAGCUUCCAUUCAGCUACUACAGUCUGCCUUACUGCAAACCCCUUGGUGGAAUCAAGAAGAGUGCUGAGAAUCUUGGACAACUCCUUAUGGGAGAUCAGAUUGUUAACUCGCCGUACCGAUUUCGGAUGAAUGUCAAUGAGACUGUGUUUCUCUGCAUUACACAUCCGUUGAGUGAACAUGAGGCUGAGAUUUUGAAGCAGAGAACCAGUGAUCUGUAUCAAGUGAAUAUGAUUCUAGAUAAUCUUCCUGUGAUGAGGUAUGCAAAACAGAAUGGGGUUAAAAUUCAGUGGACAGGAUUCCCAGUUGGGCAUAUAGCAUUUGGCAGUAAUGAUGGUUACAUUAUCAACCACCUCAAGUUCACAGUCUUGAUCCACGAGUACGAAGGAAGUGGUGUAGAGAUUAUCGGCACUGGGGAAGAAGGUAUGGGUGUGAUUUCUGAAGCUGAUAAGAAUAAGGCUUCUGGUUUCGAGAUUGUCGGUUUUGAGGUACAACCUUGUAGUAUCAAGUAUGAUCCUGAAGCGACGACAAAACUCCACAUGUAUGACAACAUUCCAUCUGUGAGCUGCCCCUUUGAGCUUGACAAGUCUCAAAUAAUAAGGAACCAAGAGAGAGUAUCCUUCACUUAUGAGGUUGAGUUUGUGAAAAGUGAUAUUAGAUGGCCAUCUCGAUGGGAUGCUUAUUUGCAAAUGGAAGGUGAUAGUAUUCACUGGUUUUCAAUCCUUAAUUCUCUCAUGACGAUUGCAAUUGUGUUCGUCAUAUUCUUAUGGAUUGUGAGAAGGGAUUUGACUAGAUAUGAAGAAUUGGAAAAAGAAGCUCAACCACAGUUGAGUGAGGAGCUUUCUGGGUGGAAGCUCGUUGUGGGUGAUGUAUUCAGAGAACCAGAGUGCUCCAAACUUCUUUGCGUGAUGGUUGCCGAUGGGGUACAGAUUGUGGGUAUGGCAGUUAUCACUAUUGUUUUUGCAGCCCUUGGUUUCAUGUCACCGGCAUCACCACGAGGAAUGCUUUUGACAGGGAUGAUAAUUCUUUUCCUUUUAUUGGGCAUUAUUGCUGGGUAUGUUGGUGUACGAAUGUGGAAAACCAUCAAGGGAUCUUCAGAGGGGUGGAAGUCAGUUUCAUGGUCAGUUGCAUGCUUCUUUCCUGGAAUCGUCUUUGUUAUCCUUACAGCAUUAAACUGCCUUCUCUGGGGCAAUAUUAGUACUGGUGCUAUCGCAAUUUCCACAUAUUUUCUACUGCUGGCUCUCUGGUUCUGCAUAUCAGUGCCACUCACCCUCUUGGGAGGAUUUUUUGGCACACGAGCUGAGGCCAUCAAGUAUCCUGUGCAAACCAACGAGAUACCUCGGGAAAUUCCAGCCCGCAAAUAUCCAUCAUGGCUUUUGGUUCUUGGUGCUGGAAUCCUUCCUUUCGGAACUCUCUUCAUUGAGCUUUUCUUCAUCCUCUCUAGCAUCUGGCUUGGGAGGUACUAUUAUGUCUUCGGGUUCCUGCUGAUAGUUCUUUCCCUGCUGGUGGUUGUUUGUGCUCUAGUAUCGGUGGCCUUAACCUAUAUCCAUCUCCGUCUGGAGAACUGGCAGUGGUGGUGGAAAUCUUUCUUCGCCUCGGGUUCGGUAGCUCUAUACGUCUUCCUGUACAGUGUUAAUUACUUGGUUUAUGACCUACAGGGUUUGAGUGGUCCUGUGUCAGCCAUGCUCUAUCUCGGAUAUUCAUUGCUCAUGGCAGUCGCGAUCAUGUUGUCUACUGGAGCCAUUGGCUUCCUCAUGUCCUUCUAUUUUCUGCACUACCUCAUCUCAUCCGUAAAGAUUGACUAGCACAAUUGCCUUUCGUGAUCUUCGUCAACCAGUCAAGAUUUAAACAACAGCAGUCCUCGCCAGAGUAGUUUAUAACAGAAAAAUUGUGGGCUGGGAGGUGCUUGGCCUUUUUUUCUUGUAGUGAACUAAUAUUGUGUGUUUUGCGUUUUUUAUAAUAAAUCUACGACGACCAAAGCAUUUAGCUGAAAAUCAUGUAAUUGAUCCUCAUGAAUUCCCAAAAUAUAUUUUUGCCAGAGCAAGACUUGAAUCCAUUUAUAUACAUUCCCAAU